AUGAUUCUGUCGCGCAUGCUGUCGAUUUCGUCGCUGCCGACAUGCCUGAAAUGUACGAUAUGCCAGAUAUCGAGGAGAAGCUUGGCCAGCAAGCACUUUCGUCGUGAUUUACCGCCAACCAUACUGAAGGAGAUUUUCGCCGGCGGCAAGACGAAGAGCCCCGCGUCAGCUGAUUUUGGCAAAGACGCCACCGCUGGAAGCGAUUUACAGAGAGCGGUCAGUUUCGUGCCACCAUGUUUGAGGGAAGAGCUGUUGUGCAAGUUUGCGGAACCGGUGCGAGAUUGCUGUCACAAGGUGACGGUCGUAGGGUCAGGAAUGGUCGGUGUAGCCUGCGUAAACUCCCUUCUCUUACAGGUACAUCAGGCGCCGUGUUUCUAUCAUUCGAUCUUUGAACGACCAACUUAUCCACCAUUCGAGACUAUUUUGAGCACGAGUGAAAGUUCGAUUGGACGUCGCGCGUGGAUUAAAUCCGCGACGAUUACGAUCCAGGACCGUGUUAAAAAGUUCUGGGAAAUGUGCAUUCUCGAUGAUGGAAACCCGAAACGUCAAACGUCAAGCUCGAACGUGGUCGUCAUAGCUGCGGGCGUGAGGCAAGUGAAGGGUGAGACGCGGUUAGAUUUGGUUCAACGAAAUUCGGAGAUUCUGAAGAACAUAGUACCAACAUUGGUUAGUUACAGUCCGAACGCCGUGUUCGUGAUCGUCAGUAACCCAGUUGACAUUUUAACGUGGGUAACGUGGAAAGCGAGCGGAUUGCCGGCCGGUCGAGUGAUCGGAAGUGGAACUCAUCUCGACUCAGCAAGGUUUCGUUACUUAAUCGCCGACCGUGUAGGAAUAGCGCCGAGCUCGGUUCACGCGUACAUCAUCGGCGAACACGGGGAGAGCCAGGUUCCACUCUGGUCUGGAGUGAAUGUCGCGGGUGUGCAGUUUCGCGACAUCUUGCCGAAUAUCGGCCUCGAGACCGACGAGGAGAGAUGGUACGAAGUUUCCAACGAAGUGGUCAGACUGGACAUCACGAAGUUUGUCACGAGAUGUUCCUGUCGCUGCCCUGUACCCUAGGUGAGAACGGCGUCACAAAUAUCGUGCGAAUGCGUAUCACCGACUUUGAGAAGAAGCUGUUUCAAGCGUCGGCGAAUAUCGUGUACGACGUGCAAAAGGAUAUCAAAACGUGA